ACACUUGCUUCUUUGGUUCUUCCAAUCCCCAACUGUCCAACCAACCAGGGUACUUGUGUGGUCAAGAAAGAAAUCAGUUUGGAGCGACCAGGCAUCUCAGGCACCUCAAUUCGGCCUGAUGGAAAAAUUGCUGCAACUGCUGGCUGGGACCACAGGUUGAGGAUAUAUAAUUACCGCAAAGGAAAUGCUUUAGCUAUUUUAAAGUAUCACCAUUGCACGUGCAAUGCUGUAACUUAUUCGUCCGAUUGUAAACUUAUGGCCUCUGCAUCGGAAGACACAACCGUGGGACUAUGGGAAUUGUAUCCUCCUCGAAUAUGAUAAUGAAUUUGAUGAAUUUAUUCAACGACCCCAAUUGUAGAUUAUAGUAACUUUACUAAUCAAUGGUUAAUUAAGUUUUUGUGUUAUCAACGACCCCAGUUGCAGCACAAUCAUUUGCGUUUCAUUAUUCCUUUCACAUUCAUGUGUUAAAAUCAGUUGCGGGUGCGACAUUUUCCUUUCA